GUGGGCUGUUUCAUGCGUACGACGCCAAGUCAUUCGCGGAAAAGGCCACCGUGAGGGGGUACAGUCAGCAUCGUUACCUGGGCGAGACGAGAGGGAGAGGGAGAAGGCCGCUCGGCACACGCGAGGGCGAGGGUUUCUCCACCCCGCCCCCCUCCUCUCUAACACCAAGCAGAGCAAGCAGCAGCACUAAUCCCCCAAACCAACACACCGACCCUAAUUCAACUCGGCGACGCAGUUUGGUAGGUUAUUCGAGGACAGCUUGGAGAAUGGUGUCGGACGAUCCCUCUACUACUAUUAACGAGUCAAAUGUGGCAACUGAGUCGACAGUUGGCGGUUUCUUUUGUUUUUGGAAACUGCGGGACUGUGGCUGUGAUCCGGACAAUGACUUUUGUUGCCACGGAGAGGAAUGAGCUGAAAGAUGAGAACACUACAUUACAAGCUGAAACAUCCCAGCUCCAAAAGGAGCUGCAGGGGAGAUCGAGUUAUAAUCCCACAUGGAGCAACAACAUCAAUUCAAUGACUCCCACUCAGCCGCAGCCGACUGCCACAGGGCUUCCAAUGCUGCAUCAGCCAGUUGCUAUUGGAUCCACACAAGCAACCCCCAUUCGGCAGCUCCAGCACUUUUCCGGUGGAAAGAACAAGCACUCCACCACCAACGCCGCCUGGUCCUUCCCGGGUGAUGAGACCACAUGCCGGAUAUCCGACUUUGUCGGACUUGCGGUCGGGUCUUCUCCUUUGGACUUCUCACCGGAAUCACAAGAAGAGAGAUGUGGCAGCUGUGGCAUUAGCACUAGCAGCGAGGAGGAAGGAUGUAAUAAAGCAUCAACUGGUUGUGGCGCCAAUUCAGCCUCAGCCUCACACGGUGGAGGGCCCCACGCCGAGCCCGCUGCGCCUCAAUGUUCGUGCUCGUACCGGCAGCCGUCAGAUUAGGUGCGCCCAUGGCGGUCCCCUCCUCGGUCCCACGGCGUGUCAUUUCCACUGCGGACGUACAGUCACCUCGUCUCCGGUCCCAGCCGAGGACACAAUCGUCCAGCUUUUCUCGGCGGCUAAUUUGCUGCAGAAGGCUCGGUAGUCGGCAACCAUUCGAUGCAGCUUUAGCCUCUCUUUCUCCAAAGUUGAUUCAGUUCUGGAGACGUCUGCGACGUUUUUGCUUUAGCCGAAAAGCUUGACAUUAUACUGCAGCGUUUGGACCUGCCUAUGAUCCUUCCUCCCUUGCUCUCUCUCUCUCUCUCUCAUACUUUUCUGACGC